AUGAAUACCACUGGUAGUUCUUCACAAAGCGAACUACGUCCACCGUUUACAACCGGUGAGUUUGUUUUGAACAAUUUUACCGCAUUUUUACAUGAGCAAACGCAUGCGCCAAUCUACAGUGCACCCCUAAGAGCGAAUAAUGAAAUAUGGAGAUUAAGAAUCAGUACAAAUGCAAGUAGAACACAUCUAUCAGCAUAUACUUGGUUAAUUACAUCGGGUGUAAAUUCGAAAUAUGAUUUUUCAAUUGAAAUGGUCAAUCAACGAAAUUCACUAAAAAAAAAUCAUCUUCUUAAAACGUUUGGACACGUCUUCACGACUAGUCGUUAUGCUGGUUGGCCAGAUUUCUAUCCAUUGAAUCGAUUAAUAGUCGAUGGUUUUCUGGUUAAUGAUCAGAUCAAAUUUCGCUAUCAAGUUCGUCCAUCAUCCUAUUUUGAAUUAUAUAAAACAUCAACACGUCAACUACGAGAAUUACAAAAUGAAAAUGAACAAUUACGAGAAGAUGUUGAUGAAAAAGUAAUGGCAAAUCAAGUAUUACAAGAAGAAAUUGCAGAAAAAGAAAGAACAAAUGAAGAAUUACAAGAUCAAUUGGAACGAAAAGAUAAUGAAUAUGAAAUGUUACUUGAAGAAAAACGAGAAGAAAAUAAAAGUUUACACAUGAAAAAUGAACAGUUACAAAAACAAUUCAAUGAUUAUAAAGCAAACUUAAACUUGAUUAAAGACAAAAAAAAACGUACAAUGUCGAGAAAACUAUGGAAUGAUGAGAAUGAUGAAAAUGAAUUUUCAACAUUACCAUCUCGCAGUAAAAAAGAUCGAAUUAUUUUAAAUAACAGUGGUGAUGAGAAAGACGGUACUAGCCGUGGUAUAUCAGGGGCUGCUCAACAACCUUAUCCCCAAGCCGGCACUUACGUUCAGAAUCCAACUGUGAUUCAACAAACUCCGAUGGCAUUUGUACCAAUGAUGGGUGAUUAUCCGACACAAUGUACGUGUCCCAAUUGUGGAGCACUAGUUGUGACGAGAGUAGAAAAACAAAAUGGCGCACUCGUCUGGAUUGUUGUUAUUGUAUUACUUCUUUUUGGCUGUUGGCUUGGAUGCUGUCUUAUUCCUUUGUGUAUCGACGACUUGAAGGUAGGAAUGAGAAAAAUACAUUAACUCUAUACAAGUCAUAGCUCUAUCUUUGUUUAUUCUCUACAUAUUUAGGAUAGUGACCAUUAUUGU